CUCGAUCAAUUCCUGAGGGUGAAGGGGCGGCUUGACAUCCCCAGUGCAAGAUUCUAUGCCGCUGAGCUCGUGUGUGGCAUCCAAUUUCUCCAUUCGAAGGGAAUCAUCCACAGAGACCUCAAGCCCGAGAACAUCCUGGUGGCUGAGACGGGCCAUAUUAAGAUCACGGAUUUCGGUCUCGCACUUGACAACAUGCUUGGAGACCGCACAGCCACCGAAUAUGCUGGGACAAAGGGCUAUGUGGCUCCUGAGAUGCUGGCUAAGGAGGAGUAUGGCGUCGGAGUGGACUGGUAUUCAUUUGGUGUCAUCUUAAAUGAAAUGCUCACCAGUGAGUGCACUUACCAACCUGCACUGUUUGACAAAACACGCUCCGGCGCUAAAGACAUCAUUAAAAAGCUCCUCCGGAGAGAUCCUGCCAAGCGCUUAGGAGUCCACGGGAACAUCCGAGGCCAUCAUUUCUUCCAGCAUAUUGACUGGGUCUCUGUGGAAGCCCUUCGGAUGGCCCCACCACACAUCCCUGUACCAUCUACACCUCAACGCUGUGCCAGGCGAUUCAACCUGGGCACAAUGGAGGCAGCAGCGGCCAAGAAGGGACCUUUACCAUCUAAACAUCAGGCCAUUUUCAGAGGGUUUUCAUUUGUCACCCGGGUGAAGACCAUGAAGAACUAUGACAACAGGACCUGCGAUUGGCACUGGGCUGAAGAAAAAGAACAUCUUCUAGAAGACACUUGA